UUGUAUGUUGGUGCACAUCUUUGCACAGUGGCUGGAAACAUGGUAGGACUUAAACCCUCAGACGUUCCCCCUCCACUGGGGGUGAAGAUGGCGAGUGCUGGUGCUGCAGCCUGUAUAGCUGAUCUUGUCACAUUCCCACUGGACACAGCCAAAGUCAGACUACAGAUUCAAGGCGAGAAGAGCGCGGUGGAGGGAAUCCGCUACAGGGGGGUGUUCGGGACAAUCAGCACCAUGGUGCGAACGGAAGGGCCGCGGUCUCUGUACAACGGGCUGGUGGCCGGGCUGCAGAGGCAGCUGUGCUUUGCCUCCAUCAGAAUAGGCCUCUACGACAACGUCAAAAGCUUCUACACCGGUGGCAAAGAUAACCCCAGCGUGUUGAUACGGAUCCUGGCCGGCUGCACGACGGGGGCAAUGGCAGUGUCAUUUGCUCAACCCACCGACGUGGUUAAGGUCAGAUUCCAAGCCCAGAUGAAUCUCGACGGUGUGGCUCGUCGCUACACCGGAACAAUACAAGCCUACAAGCACAUCUUCCAGAACGAGGGCCUACGAGGACUCUGGAAAGGAACGCUACCCAACAUCACAAGAAACGCGCUGGUCAACUGCACGGAGCUGGUCACGUACGACCUGAUCAAAGAGGCCAUCCUUGGGAACAACCUGAUGUCGGACAACCUGCCAUGCCACUUUGUGUCUGCGUUUGGUGCUGGCUUCGUCACCACGGUGAUCGCUUCCCCAGUCGACGUGGUGAAAACUAGAUAUAUGAACUCUCCCCCAGGCCAGUACAAGAGUGCCAUCAACUGCGCCUGGACCAUGAUGACCAAAGAGGGACCAACAGCUUUCUAUAAAGGAUUCGUGCCCUCGUUUCUGAGACUGGGAUCAUGGAAUGUCGUCAUGUUCGUCACAUUUGAGCAAAUCAAGAGGGGCAUGAUGGUCACAAAGAAAAGGCUUGAAACAUCAAACUGA